UCUUCUCAAACAACAAAACGUACCCAAUGAAGCCACGUAACUCAGAAGUUGAUGUUACUAAGAAGAUAAGAGCGAAGUGGUCCAAAACAAAACCAGACAAAUUUUCAAACCCGGUUAAAAUCGAAUUGGGGAAAAACUCCACGAAACUUGGGAGUUAGAGAGAGAGAGCCAACCACAGAAGAAACCAAACAAACAAACAACAAUGUCUUCUUCUCCUUCUCCGAUCUCGUCCGAGACGACGAAGAUAUCCGAAGAAAUCGAUCCCAAGAACGUAUCCCUAUUCGAAAACUUCCUCCACUCCUUCACCCACCCAGACUCCUCCCUCGACGAUUUCGCCUCCUUCGACUCAUUCUCCGUCUUGUUCCAGAACAACAUCAGAGCUCUCUCCGUCUCACGUGGCCGUAUCACGUGCUCCGUCGUCGUCACGCCUGCCCUUACCAAUUACUUUAAUGGGUUACACGGAGGAGCAGUGGCGUCAAUUGCAGAGAGAUUAUCAAUGGCUUGCGCGAGAACCAUCGUGUCGGAAGAGAAACAGCUGUUCCUCGGUGAAUUGAGUAUGUCUUAUCUCUCUGCUGCUCCAGUUUCGAGUGAAUUGGUGGUGGAAGGAUCAGUGGUGAGGAGUGGGAGGAACCUGACGGUGGUGAAUGUUGAGUUCAAGAUGAAGGAUACCAUGAAAGUCACUUACCUAUCUCGUGCUACUUUUUACCAAUCUCUCGUCUCCAAGCUUUAAGCGAGAUCUGAACUUUUGUUGAUUCUUUAUUAUUAUUGUUCAAUAAGACAAGAGUCUGUUUAUGUAUACAGAUUAGUAUAUGGACCUACGAGAUAUAUAAUGAGCGUUACUACUUUUCUCUGUUUUCAA